AUGACCACAUCCUCUUCAUCUGUCCUUCAAAGGAAGGCUGUCAUUCUCUCUCAAUUUCUAUGCCGUCUUCAACAAGCCGUUGAAUCGCGUGAAGGCCAAGAUGCGCUUCUUCUAUUCAUGGGCGAGACAUCUCGCUUACUUGCGGUUUUGCUUGAGUUAUUGAAAGAGUCACUCUCUAAAAUUUCCCACAUCUCGCGGCUUUCUGCACAGUCGGCGUGGAUUAAGGCAGUUAGCCCUGGGAUGGCCAAAGCCGCUGGUCGUUUUCAAACCCUGGCGGGAUUUCUGGACGAGUGGCAGAUGAUCAAUCGAAUGUUUGGGUUGCUCGAUGUGCUUGUUGGGACUGGAAAGUUUCUUCGGGAAGUACGCAGGAGAAAAAAGGAAAACCUCGCCGUUGACCGCAAAGACAUCGCGCUGGAAGGCCUGCAGCACCUUUCAAUGAUCUUCUUCCACUUAAGCGAGGGGGCAGCAUGCUUGGCUUCAAAAAAUAUCCUAACUCUGCCACCCAAAAGACAAAACCAGCUGUCAUUUGCAGCCGUUAGAGCGUGGGCCGUAUUCACCUUUCUUGAUCUAGCCCGGGGCGUUAUAGAGUACAAAAGGAUGGCAAAACGAGGAGAUGCAACACCACCUAAGGAACAAGAAGAAGGAGGACAGGACAUGCAACAAUGGAGGAGCCAGUUUCUGAUCAACCUGGCGUGGGCUCCUGUGACGGUGCACUGGGGCGUCGAUGGAGGCCUGCUCCCUGAUUCGCUGGCCAGUCUUCUGGCAGUCUAUGCCACCAGCGGCAUAUUCAAAGACGUGUGGAAACGGACCAUCUAA